GUGCGCGCUCAUGUCGCGGCGACGGUGGCGGCGAGCGGCGUCAGAACUUGGAGGGGGGGCUGACGUCUUCUGGCGGGUGGCGGUGUUGGAGACGAGAGCUUGGUUAGCCGGUAUUGCUUCCGUCCCAGGAACCGACGGAGAGAGAGGGAACGAGGGUCGCUUUCGGGGGCUGCUGACUUCCACGUACGCGUCGUCGUGAGGAGCCGCAGCCCGGACUCUCCUGCAACCCCUCCGGCUUCCUUUCCGCACGCCUCGAGGCAGCGGCGGCACAGACAGGCGUCUCAGCUUCCCCCACCCCUUCCCCUUGUCCCCCCCGCCCUAAAGGGCCCUUUCUGCGCCCCACCCCCGCCCGCCCGCCCGCUACGCCGCCGCCAUGUCGGCGCAAGCCCAGAUGCGCGCGAUGCUGGACCAGUUGAUGGGCACCUCCCGGGACGGAGAUACUACUCGUCAACGAAUCAAAUUCAGUGAUGACAGAGUAUGCAAGAGUCACCUUCUCAACUGUUGCCCCCAUGAUGUCCUGUCUGGAACUAGAAUGGAUCUUGGAGAAUGUCUGAAAGUCCAUGACCUGGCUUUAAGAGCAGAUUAUGAAAUCGCAUCCAAAGAACAAGAUUUUUUCUUUGAACUUGAUGCUAUGGAUCAUCUGCAGUCAUUCAUUGCAGAUUGUGAUAGAAGAACAGAAGUGGCUAAGAAAAGAUUAGCAGAAACCCAAGAAGAAAUUAGUGCUGAAGUUGCAGCGAAGGCAGAACGUGUUCAUGAGUUAAAUGAAGAAAUUGGUAAAUUGUUGGCCAAAGUGGAGCAGCUAGGAGCUGAAGGAAAUGUGGAGGAAUCCCAGAAAGUAAUGGAUGAAGUGGAAAAAGCACGGGCAAAAAAAAGAGAAGCAGAGGAAGUUUAUCGGAAUUCUAUGCCAGCUUCCAGUUUCCAACAGCAGAAACUUCGAGUCUGUGAAGUUUGCUCUGCCUAUCUAGGUCUUCAUGAUAAUGACAGACGACUGGCUGAUCAUUUUGGGGGUAAACUGCACUUGGGAUUUAUUGAAAUAAGAGAGAAGCUUGAAGAAUUAAAGAGAGUUGUAGCUGAGAAGCAGGAGAAAAGAAACCAGGAACGCCUGAAGAGAAGAGAAGAAAGGGAGAGAGAAGAAAGGGAGAAGCUGAGGAGGUCUCGAUCACAUAGCAAGAAUCCUAAAAGAUCCAGGUCCAGGGAGCAUCGAAGACAUCGGUCUCGCUCCAUGUCACGAGAACGGAAACGGAGAACUCGAUCCAAAUCCCGGGAGAAACGCCAUCGCCACAGGUCCCGCUCCAGCAGCCGUAGUCGCAGCCGCAGCCACCAGAGAAGUGGGCACAGUUCUAGAGACAGGAGCAGAGAGCGAUCGAGGAGGAGAUCCUCAAAAGAAAGAUUCAGAGACCAAGACUUAGCAUCACGUGACAGAGACAGGAAUUCAAGAGACAGAUCACCUCGUGACAGAGAUCGAAAAGAUAAGAAGCGGUCCUAUGAGAGCGCUAAUGGCAGAUCAGAAGACAGGAGGAGCUCUGAAGAGCGCGAAGCAGGGGAGAUAUAAUUAGCUGUGUCCAUAUCCUCAAUCCUUAAGCUUCUUCUGGAGUUACAUACUGUUGUUUAGUUGACAGCUGUUCGGGCUGACACAGUGAGCAGUUCCAGACACCGAUCCAGCUAGGCUAGGUGUACAGCAUCUAACUCAGUCUGUACUUGUUUUCUUUGAUGAAGCCUAAAACUACAUCCAUAGUUUCUGGUGAACCUGUAAUACACUUCUGAAAGUCCAGUUUUAUAUAAUAAGACACAGAUGUCUUUAUUCUUUCUAGUAGGACUGAUAGUGAGUGAAUUGUGUUACUUGCCUUGGGAUUUUUUGAACAUUUGUAAAAUGCUGUCUUCCUCUCUAGUCCCAAACAACAGCGACUUUGGGUAUUUCUUUUUAAUCCUUCUUCCUUUGACUCUAUAUCCCCUGACACUUCUACCCUCUAGUGGUAAGAGAAAGGGGUACAAGGAAGCAAUAUAACUUCUGUUCUAAGGCUCUAUUCCCAUUAUUAAUUACUAGCUGAUUACAGUUCAAAACAUUUAUACUGGAAUGUGUGCUGGAGAAAUUUAAAAUACGAGGAGUUUUGUUUGUCUAACGGUGCCUAUUUUAGAGUUGGAAGUUGAACAGCUGUUGCAUUACAUUCUUUGCUUUUUUUAUUGAAAUUUCGAAAUCAAACAUGUCUUGAUUUUUCUGUUCUUCUUGAAUAGCUACAUUCAGGAUGUUUUGAGAUGGGGGUGGGGGCAGGGACUUUCAUAAGCACUUGUUUUAUUUUGUGUGUGUGGAGUACAAAGAUGACACCCUUAUUGUAAAAAAAUAAUAAAGUGAAAGAAUCACCACCACCAUCAUUAAACUGUAACUUGUCUAGUAAAUUGUCACUAGAGCUAUUUGCGGUGGCCAUUUCUAUUCUAUUAUUAUAGUGCCUUACUGUGCAAGGCACCAAAGGAAAUAAAUAUAUACUUACAAAGAUUCAAGAUGAAUUGUUGCUCCACCUGGGCCCUUGCUGAUUAUAUUCCAGCUGCUUCAGGACUGUAACAACCACUGUAGAGGAGGACCAGACCUGCAGAAGAAAUUGGGUUUGUUGGUUUUGUUUUUCUUCACAUUGAGCAAACUGAAAUAAAAACAUGGUGUAACCAGUGUAA